CUUUACUUUUUGACGAUGGUUAAAGAAAAGGGAUGGCCCAAAAAGAAGAAAAAGGAGAAGGACAGAAGGGAAAUGAAGGGCAGGGAGAAAGAGACCCGGAGGGAGACUCACAGGAAGAGAGAAAAAGGCAGGCACACAGCAAAAGGAGGAAGCACAGAAAGAAGAAAAAUAGGAGCGCCUGGGUGGCUCAGUUGGUUGAGUGUCCAGCUUCGGCUUGGGUCAUGAUCUCGUGGUUUGUGAGUUCGAGCCCUGCGUCAGGCUCUGUGCUGACAACCUAGAGCCUGCUUCAGAUUCUGUGUCUCCUUCUCUUUCUGCCCAUCCCCCGCUUGUGAUCUGUCUCUCUCUCUGUCUCUCAAAAAUAAAUACAUAAAUGUAAGGAAAAUUAAAAAAAAAAAAGAAAGAAGAAAAAUAAAGUGUGAGAAAAAUAAGGAGACAAAUAGACAUGUCAGGAGAAGGGUAAGACUGGGAAGAAAACUGGAAUAUUCUUGAUCUCUAAACUCCACUGGAAAAUGGAAGAUGCUGGAAUUGAACUUCCCUUUCUCCAAGGGAGUCUAGAAGUCCCAGACAAUCUUUGCCUCUCUCCCUGGUUGACCAGAGAGCCAGAGAGCCGCAGCGAGCUGAGGAGUAGGAGCUGCUUUUCAAGAGUUCCUUCCCCCAGGGUUGGUGCUGUGGGUGCCAGCUACUCCCACCGGUGGCCUCGGGGACUUGGCGUUCCCCGGCACAGGAAGUGUGGCUCCUGUGCCAGGACAGCCAAAGAUCAGAAGCAGGAGCUACUGCGGAGCAGUUCCUAAUUUUCGUGCCAGCAGCCAGGCCAGUAGCUCUUAAAAUGGGGCCCUUGGGACUUGUGCCAGUCCUGGUACUAUUCAUCCUCCUGGGGAGAGUUCAGGAGCCUGAGCUGGUUGAGGGGUUGCUUGGCAAGAAGUGUCCCGAAAACAAACCACCAUGCAGUUUCAAAGAAAUCGACCACUGUGGGAGGAAAAAACGUUGCUCGGGGAAGAUGAAGUGUUGCAAGUUUAACUGUGCAAAGAAAUGUGUAGACCCCGAUGAAGACGUAUGCAGUUUGCCCAAGGAAGUUGGCCUCUGCCUGGCCCUCAUUCCACGCUGGUGGUACAACAAGGAAACCAAACGUUGCUCCAAAUUCACCUAUGGUGGUUGUGCUGGAAACAACAACAACUUCCAGUCUGAAGCUGUCUGCAGGUCCAUCUGCCCAGAUGUGUAGUCACCAACUCCCUGGGCAGGAUAAAGAGAAGUAGAACAACCUCCAGAACUUGGUUGUAAUCCAGGGCUCUCUCCAUGUGUGCCUGACUGAUGCUUCUAAUUGGCUUCCUCAGCUGCCAAGACAUUGGCUGCUCCAAAACCGAACCCCCGCAUUUGCUUACUCUCUUUCCUCCAGCUCAGCUUCUUUCCAAACAUAAUGCCCUUUACCCUUUGGCCCUUUCUCAGUGUGAGAUCCUAUCUCUUCAACUCUCGGGGCCCCCAUGUAUCCUUCGGAAGCCACCAGUUUCCCUAAUAAAGUUUUCUGUGAGGUCUGGUGUCUGUGAGAAUGAAUAAUUCACAUCUACUCCUGUGCAGUGUUCGGAGAACAAGAAGUCAUUGGGUCCUCCAGGAACACCAAAAGA